CACUCCCGCCCACCCACCUGUCAAUAAAGGCCGAGCCGGCUCCGCCUACCCGAGCCUCGUGGAACUGGGCAAGAGCGCCGGCCGGACCAAGCUGGCGGCGGCCGUCACGUGAGCAGAAGGGGGUGGGGCCGCGAGCGGUCAGCUGACUGGCAGCAGCUGCCGGAAAUCUCGCGCCUCGGAGAAGAGGGGGCGAAAAAGAUGGCGGCGGAAAGGGAACCCCCUCCUCUCGGGGACGGCAGGCAGACCGAGUUCGAGGAGCUGGAAGACGGCGAGGACCUCUUCACCAGCACCGUCUCCACCCUGGAGUCAAGCCCUUCAUCUCCAGAGCCUGCCAGUCUUCCUGCAGAAGACAUCAGUACAAAUUCUAAUGGUCCUAAGCCAGCAGAAAUCAUAUUAGAUGAUGACAGGGAAGACCUUUUUGCUGAAGCCACAGAAGAAGUUUCUCUGGAUAGUCCAGAAAGAGAACCAAUACUUUCUUCAGAUUCCACUCCUGCUGUUACUCCUGUUACUCCAACCACGCUAAUAACACCCAGAAUGGAGUCAAAAAUUGUAGUAGCCCCUGUGGAUUUUGAUAGAACCAGGGAAGAGAUUGAAGAAGAGGCAAAUGGAGACUUGUUUGACAUUGAUAUUAGUGUGUCAGAUCCAGAAAAAGUUGGUGAUGGCAUGAAUGCUUACAUGGCAUAUAGAGUAACAACAAAGACUUCCUUGUCCAUGUUUCACAAAAAUGAAUUCUCUGUUAAAAGAAGAUUCAGCGACUUUCUAGGCUUGCACGCCAAAUUAGCAACUAAAUAUUUGCACGUUGGGUACAUUGUGCCUCCAGCUCCAGAAAAAAGUAUUGUAGGCAUGACCAAGGUGAAAGUAGGCAAGGAAGAUUCGUCAUCUACAGAAUUUGUAGAGAAAAGAAGAGCAGCACUAGAAAGGUAUCUACAACGAACAGUUAAACAUCCAACCUUGUUACAGGAUCCUGAUUUAAGACAGUUCUUAGAAAGUUCUGAGCUGCCGAGAGCAGUUAACACCCAGGCUCUGAGUGGAGCAGGAAUAUUGAGGAUGGUAAACAAGGCUGCCGACGCUGUCAACAAAAUGACGAUCAAGAUGAAUGAAUCGGAUGCAUGGUUUGAGGAAAAACAACAACAAUUUGAAAAUCUUGAUCAGCAGCUUCGGAAACUUCAUGGUAGUGUAGAAGCCUUGGUGUGUCACAGAAAAGAACUUUCAGUCAACACAGCUGCCUUUGCUAAAAGUGCUGCAAUGUUAGGGAACUCAGAAGACCAUACUGCUUUAUCAAGAGCUUUGUCUCAGCUUGCUGAAGUUGAGGAAAAGAUAGAUCAGUUACAUCAAGAACAAGCAUUUGCUGACUUCUAUGUGUUUUCUGAGUUGCUCAGUGACUACAUUCGCCUUAUUGGUGCAGUAAAAAGUGUAUUUGAUCAUCGAAUGAAAUGUUGGCAGAAAUGGCAAGAUGCUCAAAUCAUGUUACAGAAAAAAAGAGAAGCUGAAGCUAAACUUCAGCUUGCUAACAAACCUGAUAAAUUGCAGCAAGCUAAGGAUGAAAUCAAAGAGGAAAUCGAAGAGUGGGAAGCAAAAGUUCAACAAGGAGAGAGAGAUUUUGAACAAAUAUCCAAAACAAUACGCAAAGAAGUAGGAAGAUUUGAAAAAGAACGUGUGAGAGACUUCAAAACUGUUAUAAUCAAGUAUUUGGAAUCCUUAGUGCAAACACAACAGCAGCUGAUAAAAUAUGGGGAGGCAUUCCUACCUGAAGCCAAAGCCAUUGCCUAGAAAGAAGACUUUCAAAUAUGAAGAUUCUUUGGAUGUUUGUCCCAAUUGAGCUGAAUUCCACAGUGAAAUCACUUUAAAAUCAUCCAAAUAAACCACUAUAUAUUUUAUGAA